AAGAGAGGGAAAAGGCGAAUUGGAAAUUCUGGAAUUGGGAAUGGCCGCCCAAUUCCCUCUUCCUUCUUCUCCUAGAAGGAGGAACGGAGAGAAUAAAAUAGGCGGCUAUAGGAGAGGAACAGAGAAGACUCAGUAGAAGGUGGUGGUGGAGAGAGAUAGAGAGGAGGAAGCGAUGCCGAUAGAGAUGCCGAAGGGGCUGCCGUUCUCGGUGGAUACGUGGACGGCGGCCUCCCGGCGGAAGCGGCACCAUUUCCUCACCCACGCCCAUCGUGACCACCUCGCCUGCAUCGCCUCCAACUCCUCCUACCCCAUCUACGCCACCCGCUUUACCAAGUCCCUCGCCCUUCGCCAUUUCCCUCGGCUCGAGGAUUCGUUGUUUGUGGAAAUUGAGGUCGGGGAGUCGGUGGUUAUCGAUGACCCGGACGGCACGUUCUCUGUCACCGCACUCGAUGCCAAUCACUGCCCCGGAGCUGUCAUGUUCUUGUUUGAAGGUGAAUUUGGUAACAUAUUGCAUACUGGGGAUUGCAGGCUCACCACUGAUUGUCUACAGUAUUUGCCCAUCAAGUAUAUCUCUAAGAAAGGAAGCGAAACUUUGUGUCAUCUUGAUUACCUGUUUCUUGACUGCACUUUUUGUAGAUGCUCUCUUAAGAUUCCAAGCAAGAAAUCAGCCAUCCAGCAGGUGAUAAAUUGCAUAUGGAAGCAUCCAUAUGCACCAUUUGUGUAUCUUGCAUGUGAUCUUCUUGGCCAGGAAGAGAUACUUGUUGAAAUAUCUAGAACAUUUGGAUCAAAAAUAUUUGUUGACAAGACAAACAAUUCAGAUUGUUUUCACUCUCUUUUUCAUGUUGCACCAGAUGUCCUUUCACAAGAUGCUUCUUCUCGCUUUCAGGUGGUUGCAUUCCCCGGACUAUAUGAAAGAGCAAGUGAAAAACUUGCAGAGGCACGGGCUGCUCUUCAGCCUGAGCCUCUUUUUAUCCGCCCCUCUGCUCAGUGGUAUGCAGGAAAUGAUCGGCUGGAUAUGACUCAAAAGCAAAAGCCAAGCCUUGUAGAAGCAGAGAGGGACGAGUUUGGAAUUUGGCAUGUGUGUUACUCCAUGCACUCGUCCCGGGAAGAAUUGGAAUGGGCCUUGCAACUUCUUCAGCCCAAGUGGGUUAUAUCUACGACCCCACCUUGCCGAGCCAUGGAGCUGGACUAUGUCAAGAACCAUUGUUUUAAAACUCAUUUAACCCCUGAUGAUCCACUGUGGAAACUGUUCAAAAUCCCUACUUUGCCAGCUUUCACAGCUAAAGAGGCCUUGAAGAAUAGUAUUGUCUCCACUUCUGCUGUCGGAGUUUCAUCUACUGCACAAGACUGCAAGCAAUUGGAGCUUAAAGGCUUGCGAACAGAUCAUUUGGAACUGAAAUUGAACUUAUCUCCACCAUCUAGAGCACAGCCUAUUACAUUGUUUGGAAGAGCAAGACUUGGAAUCCAAGAUUCUGAUAUAUUUAAUGAGAAGAAAUCUGCAUGUACCAUGGCCAAUGAUGAAGAAAUGUUAUCCAAGCAACAAAUUAUUGUUGUAGAGCAAGCAUCAUCUUUGCAGGAGAACAUUGCAGUUGCCAUGCAGGGGUCAUCCCCACGAGAGGACGCAGUUGCUGAGGACGUAUCAUCCAUAAUUAAGGACAACAUUGCUGAACCAGGUAUUAAGAAUUCAGGAGAUGCUGAUGUUAAAAUGGAUAUGUCAUGGAUUGGAUCUUCCAGGAGUUUGAGCAAUGCCGAGCCUAGUAUUGAGAAAUUGGAAGAAGCUGAUGUUAAAAAGGAUAUGUCAAUCAUUGGUUCAUCAAAGAGUUUAAAUGCAAGCUUGAGGAAGUUGUACAGAUCAAUGAAUGUCGCAGUUCCUCGGCCGCUUCCAUCAUUGAUUGAACAAAUGGAAACAUCUAAACGAGUGAAGAUCUGCUCCAAUUCCAGUAAUGAGAGAGUGAAUUAUUGCUAGAAUUUACCUGACUUCUUGCCUUAGUGAAAGGGAAAAAUGAUUAGGAAGAAGUGAUCUCUAGAAAGGUAUUCUAGAUUAUGUUAGAGUUCAUGGUCCUAUUCUUGUAAUUCCUUUUCUAAAAUCCAAUUCUUUACAGAGCAGAAGAUUUAUUUGAAUUUCAACCAAAUUUGAGUUUUUUUUA